UUGGAAUUAACCAGCAUCCCAUUGCCCCGAAUGAGUUGUAGCUGCUACAAGGCCGCGAUGUGCGGCCAUAAUCAGAACGUGCAAACAGGGAUAGACGGUCAUCGCGUGGUACUUUCGCGGUUACAACAGCUAAUCUCACCGGAAUGGACGCUUCGAAGACAAAUGAAUCUCUUCCGGACCCUCUCUGCCCCGCGGUGAAGUUGACGAUGAUGACAGUGGGGUCAGAAAGCAUAUAAACAGCGAGGGGAAGAGCGUAGUAUACCUUUCUCUCUCUCAUAUUCUCUCCAGACUUGAGAAUCGCAUACACCUUUCCCAAGCCUCAAUCAGUUCAAAAUGUCUACCUACAAAGGCGUCUGCCACUGCAAGCACCACCAAUGGGAGGUCACGCUCAACGAUGAGCAGAGCAAGCACAUCCUCUGCCACUGCGACACCUGCAAGAUCCUAGGCGGCGGUGCUUUCACCAUGAACCAGAUCAUCCCGAAGUCUGCGCUAAAGAUCACCCAGGGCGGCGAGCCCUCCAAGUACACUUACAAGGGUGACAGCGGCAACAGCGUCGACUGCUACUACUGCCCACAUUGCACGACCCACAUCUACCACCACCAGCAGGUCAUGGGUCCAGACACCAUCAUUCUGCGUACGUCACUGCUUCCGGAGGGCCGCAAGAACUUUGACGUUGGCGCCGAAAUCUACGGCAAGGACAAGAUGAAGUGGGAGAAGGAGGUAGCGCACACCUUCGAUGUUCUGCCGCCGCAGUAGAUGUAUAUGACGUAGCUGUAUAGGAAAAGCUGGGUAUCUUAACGAAGUAGAUCUGCCGAAAUGCCGGGCUCAUAAGCCCGACUGCUCUCCCAUUGUACAUUCCCACCCACAAUCAAUAACAAAUGAAACACCAGUAAGCAUUCGGAGGCUGUAU